AUGGGCACGGCGAGCUCGCGGUCUGCGCUCUCGGCGCAGGACGGGCCCGUGCAGAAGCUCACGUGUGCUGAACUAGCGACGUUUGUCAAGGAUCUCGGGCCUGAGUUUGUGCCGUACAGUGACAUGCUUCUCGCCCAGGACAUUGAUAGCACUCGUCUCAUGGCGCUCUCGGAAGCCGACCUCAUGGCGGCCUGCCACGUCAAGGACCCGAGCCACGUCACGACGAUGCUAUACCAUCUCAAGCAGCUCAAGGCACCCGCAGCGCUGACACGAAGUAGCUCCAGCCGCACGCUCGCCAAGCCCAAGCGACGAUCGGUCGGUCGUGACGACGCGACAACGCAAGCCGCCGAGGACGCCCGCGCCGCCGUGCAGCAAAUGGUACUUGCGAGCAUCGAGUGCGCACCGCUGCAACGCGAGCUAUCCUGCGAGACGUUUGUGACGCCGAUGGAGCCGCAUGAGAACAACGCACCGAUCUCGCCCGCCAAGGCGCUGCCGCCGUUGGUGCACAAGCCCGAGCUCCCGCCCAAAGCCGAUGAAAACGUAAUCGCUGACACGAUAUCAUCCAGCUUGGGCGGGCAGCCGCAGGCGCACACGGAGCCAACUCAAGAGGCUACUGACGCCGCCAGGGCGUCGUGGUCCGCAUCGUCGCUACCACGCACAGCCGAGACGAAUACGGCACUCAAUGUUGCGUCGCCGCCACCGACCCUGCCGAGUCGAAGCAGCGUCCCCACGUCGCGCGAGGCUGACAUGUCGCCCAUGGCCUCAACCAAGUUUGACAUCGCGCACCCAUCCGCCUUGGACACGACGGUCCGUCGGAGCUCGUCCAGUCGGCGCCACUCGUUGGAUCUUUCGCACAGUGCCGUCGCGGCGCAAGACGGUCACCCGACGGCAAAACCGCCCGACAACGACGACGGCGACGAAGACGACAUUGUGCACCCGACCAUGCUGGCGGCAACGGCGGCCACGCGCGGACUUCGGCCCGUCAUGUCGAUCCAGAGCAUGGUGCGCGACCACUUUGACGAUAUUGUGAGUGUACCGAGCGUCGCGUUCGACCCGAACCUCGACCACUACGACGCGUACUUUUCGUACGCGGUUGGCAAAGACAGCGCGAGUCGCAGCGUCCGCGAGCGCAUCGCGCGCGCGCACAAGCUCUUGACGGACAACGGUAUUGUCGUGUGGUACGACGCCGAGAAGAGCGCGACCGACAAUGCGCUCAUUCAGCAAGGCCUCAGCCACGCGUCGGUCGUCGUCGUGUUUGUAACUCGGCAUUACAUGAACCUCGUCAACAGCGACGGCCAGCUCGAGAGCUGUCAGUACGAGUUCUCGCUCGCGCUCUAUACCAAGACGGUCGAGCGCAUGAUUUUCAUUGUGCUCGAAGACGAAAUGAAGCGCUACGACUGUCUCUCGGGCGAGUUUCGCAUCAUUAUUGGCGACCAAGAGUGCAUGGACUUUACGAACGACGCGUACUACGACGACGCGUGCGACGAGCUCACAGAGAAGAUCGUCGAACUCCAACGACUGCCCCAAAAGCCGGUCGUGGACGCAACGUCAAUAGAAACCAUGGCGGUGAGCCCGCUCAUGACGCGGCUCAAGCAAGAUCAGCAGCCGUGGGACGUGAGCGAGCGCGUUCUCAAGCGCCCCAUUGGACUCGCGAUGGCGUCACCGGUUUACGCCGACAAGAUGCUGGCCAAAGGCAUCUUACCCGUCAUGGUGCACUUUGUCAAGCUCGACCAGAGCGACGAAGAGGUGCCGCGGGAAGCCGAGCUUGCGAUUCUACUGCUGAAGAUCCUCGCCCGCAGCAGCGGCGUGCUUCGCCGCAAGAUCUUGCUCGCGAUCCAAGACAUGUCUCUCCUCACGUCCUUUACAGCUUACCUCACCGUUGGCGAAGGCUUCACGAAGGAGCACAUGGCCGGGCUCAUCCGGAACCUCUUUGUCGUCGGCGGCAUCAAAGUCUUUGAUAAAAGCGACAGCUUCAAGCAAACGAUCGCCGCGCUCCUCAAGAUCCUUGGCACCGGCACCAUGCUGCAGCAAUACGAAGCGGGCGCCGCGCUCUGUGCCAUUUCGCUCAACCGCGAGUACCAACCACUGCUCGUGGAGGAGAGCGCGAUUCCGAUAUGCAUGCGCAAGCUCACAACGAGUGCGACGCACGAGACCGUGCGUGACAAGGCUGCGCUCGUCCUCCGGUAUCUCUCGGGCACCGAAGACAACCAGCGCGAGAUCGGUUCCGAGGGCGGCAUUGUCGCGUUUCUCAAUCUCUUAAAGUCAGGCACCCACUCCCAGCGCGAUACCAGCGCCGCGGCGCUCAACUGGCUUAUGGAGUGUGCUGAGAACCGCAGCCGGCUCGUCAAGGAAAAUGGGAUCCCCACGCUGCUCAACUAUGUCGUGCGCGGACGCAAGUUUGUACGGCAGCAAACCCUAAGCGCGCUCAGCAAACUCGCACCCCACGCCGAGUACCAGAUUCCGUUGGCCAAGGCCGGGCUUCUCGGUCCUUGCGUAGCGAUCCUCGGCGUCGGCAACGACAGCCAAAAGACCGCGGCGUGCAUCGUUCUCGCGGCACUCGCCGCGACGGAUCUGCUUGUCAAGAUGAAGGAUGCGAUCGGACCUGUUGUCAACCUCUACUGCGAAGGCACUGUACCUCAAAAGAAGGCGGCCAAGAUCGUGCUCGAAAAGCUCAGUCGACACAAGCCGUUCAAAGAACAGAUCGUCGCACUUGUAAAAGAAGAGUCGCUCAUGUUGCAUUGAGUUGCUGCGUAAACUUACGGAUUCAAAAACACGUCGAGUUUCUUCAAGACCAAGACGCCACCGCUACAAUAUACUAGUAGUAGAGGAA